GACGCGCAAGCGUAGUUUGUAACUCAUGCAGACGAGCCGCUCUUGCUAACUAGCUGAAUCAUUUAGGGGAAAUUUCUGUCUUUUUUCUUUUGAUUGUACGUGUGCUGCAGGACAAUGGCGGCAAGAUAUGACAGAGCUAUUACUGUCUUUUCUCCGGAUGGCCAUCUUUUCCAGGUUGAAUAUGCGCAAGAAGCAGUAAAGAAAGGUUCCACAGCGGUGGGAAUCAGAGGUAAAGACAUUGUCGUUCUUGGUGUUGAGAAGAAAUCUGUAGCAAAGUUGCAGGAGGAGAGGACAGUCCGAAAGAUUUGUGCCCUUGACGAGCAUGUCUGUAUGGCAUUUGCAGGCUUGACAGCAGAUGCCCGUAUUGUGAUAAACAGAGCCCGGGUUGAAUGCCAAAGCCACAGGCUAACUGUUGAGGACCCAGUGACCGUGGAAUACAUCACACGCUACAUAGCUACACUGAAACAGCGCUACACUCAAAGCAAUGGGCGUAGACCAUUUGGCAUCUCUGCUUUAAUUGUUGGCUUUGACUACGAUGGGACUCCGAGGCUGUAUCAGACAGACCCCUCAGGAACUUACCAUGCAUGGAAGGCAAAUGCCAUUGGCCGUAGUGCCAAAACUGUGAGGGAGUUCCUGGAGAAGAAUUAUACAGACGAGGCCAUUGCAGGGGACAAUGAGGCAAUCAAGUUGGCUAUUAAAGCCUUGCUUGAGGUUGUCCAGUCAGGAGGCAAAAAUAUUGAACUUGCUGUAAUCAGACGGAAUCAACCACUGAAGAUUUUGGAAUCUAAGGAAAUUGAGAACCUGGUUGCUGAGAUUGAAAAAGAGAAAGAAGAAGAGGCGGAAAAGAAGAAGCAGAAAAAAUCCACUUGAAGCAGUUGAUUGUUCUUUGUUGCAAACAAUUACAUAUUUAGAUUGCAAAUGUUAAUAAGUGUCAGAAGGCUGGUGGUUCUUCCAUUUACUUCGUCAUAAAGAGCUAAAUCCUAACUUGAGAUGUAUUCUGUUUGCACACAUCUGUAACUGAUACUGUUUUAACUGCAAAAGACGUACUGUCAAAUUCCAGCUGACUAAUGUGCACACAGGCAUAUAUUGUUCCCAAGUUAAGGUUUAGAACUUUACAGGCACUUCAUGUUUUUGUAUAUUCUCCAAACAGCUCUGGUGAUGUCUUUGUCAAAUGCCCAAUAAAACCAUUUGUAACAUUCAAUAUCAGAAUGAAACCAAAUAACCAAUAAAAGUAGGUUUGUUUGUAA